AGAGGGAGGCACGAGCGUCCGUGCCGUGAGGAUGUGGUAAACGCUCGCUGUUUAUUAUUUAUCGUAACAGAGAGGUGGACCGAGUGUCAUUAGCCAGUUUGGGUUCUCUUUUUCUGCUUUUCUUUCUCACUCUCCACUCAUUUCCGAGCGCCGCUCCCUGGUCACUGCUCUCUCUCUUUCUCUCUCUCACCGGCUGAGAAGCGCUCGCUGAACGCAGGCUCGCGCUGACAGAGUACCUGCUGCCUGGGGGAUUUCUGACAUGAAUAGCGCAGAUCAGUGUGUAUGUUUUGGCUGGCACUGAACACUUCCUCUGAGGAUCAGCUGGAGCCAGUCUGAAUCCAGGACACAAGGAGAGACACCAGGAGAAGAGCGGAGGAACGGAAUGGAUGCUUGACAAAGUGCAGCGGAGAGGGCUCUGGAUAGCUUCUGACUGCAAAUUAAUCAAAAUGAAACCGGUACUUUUUCAGAGAGACAAGCAAUUUAACUAAGUGCACUGAGCUGUUUUUCAGUUGGCUACUAAAAGGACGUGGAAAUACUAGGCUGUCUAAACCAGUUUGUUUUGCACGUUCACUCGCAAUCUCAGCUGUUCUCCGUAUCUCGUUUCCGGAUGCCCGAACAGAGGAACGCGCCUUCCCGACAUAUGUUCUAAGGGAUGGGACUACUCACUCGACACCUAUAACUUUCCACAGCGUGUGUCGUCUGUAGCACCUUCCACUGAUAAAAAAAUUGUGGCUCGUUACCAGAAAGGAGUUGUGUUUUGAAGGGACCACGUGGAGGGGGUUGCUCUCUUGGGCAUAUGGUCGAACUGAUCCAAGACAGCUGCAGACUCUCGGUGGGAUAAUUAUUCAUUCUUUCAGGAGGUCCAGCCAGGGGUCAGGGGUUAGAAAAGUUUUAAAUCUCAACUUUACGACUGAAGACGAGCCAUAGUGUUGCAGUUCUGCCACGGCUGUGUGUGUGGUACAAUUUGUAAGAUUCUUUGGUGUGUGUUUGGAGAUGAAAGGUUAAUGACUCUAAUUGCCGCCUGUGAGCAACAAAGCGUUUCCCUGGGCAGACUGCUAGCAUGAUGCUCAGCCACACCCGCAGUCGAACCUGACACAUGCCACCCGGAGACCAGCCUGGCAUCAUCUUGUGGAUGGCGCGCACAGACAGGUGGCAGCGCAUCUGAAGCCACAGAGGGGGAGUCAGUGUGCCGUAAUAAAUAGAAGGACCAUUUAAGACGAUUCAAGAGCCAGUUCAUUACUAAUUCACAAAGUUCUGCGUUUUGUUUGGAUUUAAAGUACAAAGUGCAGCGGAAUUGUUAUUCAUUUCUGUGUGUUGCCAAUCCAGGCCGGAGUCCAGCAGAGCUUUUUUCAGACACACUCAAGCGAACUCACGCGCUAACCUUUCAUGACCAUACACCCCUGUGUUUUGGAAAGUAAUGGAGGGUUUGCGGAAAGGUUGUGGACAUUAGGGACGGGACGCAGCCUCCCGUGGUGGAUGUAAUUUGGGAACAAAAUGCGUUGCUUGGAGACUGGUGAAAGCAUUUGCCUACAUUUUUCUGAAAGGAACUGCUAUAAAUCUGUCGAAAAGCGCCACUGGAGUUUAAGCUAACAUUUCAAAAGCGUUUCCGGAUUUCUUUGGUCUUCACCUCCCUUCUUCUCAGAGUCUGUUCAGAACAACUGCCGACUUGGCGUUCUUCAGGGAAAACGCGGAGUGGAGUAUGACCAGUUGUCAGUACCCCACGCCGCCCCCGGAGCGGGACCGCAUGUACCAGCACAAAGUAUCGCUGGUCGUACGGUACUUCAUGAUACCUUGCAACAUCUGUCUGAUACUGCUGGCCACUUCAACGCUCGGCUUCGCUGUCCUGCUCUUCCUCAACAACUGUAGGUCACAGUUAAUGAAACAUGACAUGCAGUAUAAACCGGUUCAUUUCUCCGAAACUGUGCCUCCUGAUGGUUGCCGUGGGAAGCUGUGUGGCUUCGGAGCGGUGUGUGAAAGAGACCCGGCUGACCCAUCUAAAGGAGACUGCGUGUGUAAGAAGACUUCAUGUACAACUGUGGUGGCGCCGGUGUGCGGGUCAGACUCAUCAACGUAUUCCAAUGAGUGUGAGCUGGAGAAAGCCCAAUGCAUUUCACAGAGACGCAUCAAGGUGAUGCGCAGAGGCCCAUGUGCUAUGAGGGACCCAUGCAGCGAUGUGACAUGCAGCUUCGGCAGCACCUGCAUCCAGUCAUCGGAUGGCAUGUCGGCCAAGUGCAUGUGUCCUUUGAGUUGCGAGAACGUCCCCAAGCAAGUGGUGUGCGGCAGCAACGGUCUGGACUACCAAAGCGAAUGCGAACUCAACACGAAAGCUUGUGCCACCCAGAAGAACAUCCGUGUGCAUCACCCGGGCCGCUGCGACCCUUGCAGUGACAACAUAAACAGCGGGAGUGUGGCCUGCCGGGUAGACCCAAAGACCUACAAACCGUUCACCUUUGCGCCAGCCGAGUCCUGCCCACCCGAAAGCACGCCCAUCUGCGCUAGCAACGGUCAGACCUACAAAAGCGAAUGCCACAUGGAUAAGACGGCCAAGCAGAACAACCUAAAGCUCAAGAAGGUCUCUUCAGGCAGGUGCAAAGAGGAAGGAGGAUGCCCGUCUUGUAAGUUCAACGCAGUGUGUUUGCAUGAAAACGGAGAGUUUCGGUGUUCCUGCGACCCCAUACAAUGUGACGGCACGUACAGGCCGCUGUGCGGAAAGGACGGCAAGACCUACAUCAACGAUUGUGAGAGGAAACUCGAAGAGUGCCGGACGAAGACGGACAUUCCCGUUAAACAACUUGGGCCUUGUGAUCUCAACCUGGUGAGCCCCUGCCUGAAGAAGAUCUGCGAGUUCGGAGCGGCGUGCGUGGUGAAGAACGGCGAGGCCGUGUGCGAGUGCUCAGACACGUGUCCGCAGGACCAAGACCCCGUUUGCGGCAACGACGGGCACACGUACCGCAGCUCAUGCCAAAUGAAGGCCAUGGGAUGCGCCCUACAGAAACAAAUACAGAUUCAGCACAAAGGACCAUGUGCGGACGAGUCCUGCACCAACUGCUCAUUUGGCGCGAUCUGCGACACUCAGACCGGCCGCUGCGUUUGCCCCAAAGGCUGUUUGGAGAUGCAACAGCCGGUGUGCGGCAGCGACGGGUUGACGUACGACAACGAAUGCAAGCUGAACGUGAAAGCCUGCACUAAUCAGCUGGAUCUGAAAGUGGUGGCCUAUGGAGAAUGCAAAACCUGUGGCAGCACUGUUUGUAGCUGGGGAGCGCGGUGCGUGCAGAACAAGUGUGAAUGUCAGGAGUGCACAGGUCAGCCGGUUAAACCCGUGUGCGGCAGCGACGGAACCACCUACAACAACGACUGUGACCUGCGCUUGGCUUCCUGCAAGAAACAGAGGAAAAUAGAAGUGGCCAAACCUGGCGUCUGUGAUGAAGAUUGUGGGUCAGGAGGCUCAGGUUCAGGGUCCGAGACCUGCGAGCAGGAUCGGUGUCGAAGGUACGGCGGGUCAUGGGAUGACGACACGGAGGAUGAUCGCUGCAUUUGUGACUUCAUCUGUCAGUCUGUUCCACGUAUUCCGGUGUGUGGCUCAGAUGGGAAUACGUAUGAUAGCGAAUGUGAGCUCAAGAAGGCCAGGUGCGAGAAGCAAAUGGACGUUCUGCUCCAAAGCCAAGGCCCCUGUCCAGAUAUCACGGCACCUCUUCCAGAACUUGGUGCCCCUCAGCACUGCAGCAAAACGGUUUACGGAUGUUGUGAAGACAACAAGACCGCCGCCCUGGGUGUUGGACUGGCAGGGUGCCCUAGUGUGUGUCAGUGUAAUCAUUAUGGCUCAUACGGAGGCACGUGUGACCCUUCCUCUGGCCAGUGCUCCUGUAAACCCGGCGUCGGCGGACUCAAGUGUGACCGCUGCGAACCGGGAUUCUGGAACUUCCGAGGCAUCGUGACGGAGAACAUGAUCGGCUGCACACCGUGUAACUGUGAUGGAGUGGGUUCGGUUCGUGACGACUGUGAGCAGAUGUCAGGGUUGUGCUCCUGUAAGCCUGGAGUUAAGGGCAUGAAGUGCAACGUGUGCCCCGAUGGGAGCAAGAUAGGAGCAAGUGGAUGCGACAAAGGACCUGAGGCACCCAAGUCUUGUGAUACGCUGGUGUGCCACUUUGGGGCAUCAUGUGUUGAGGUGAAUGGACAGGCUCACUGUGAAUGCCCAUCACCAGACUGUGAUGAGAAAAAAAAGACCAAGGUAUGUGGUUCUGAUGGGAUCACCUAUGCUGACCAGUGCCAGCUGAGAACGAUUGCGUGCCGACAAGACAUGGAGAUAACUGUGGAGCAUUUAGGCCAGUGCAGAGAAUCCAUUGAGCUGACGGCCAAACCUACCCACUUCCCAAACACCCCCCGCACCCCCCCUCCCUCCGCUUACGUCAAGAUCACCAGCCAGGACCAUGGCCACACCACCACCUUCACCACCGCCCCAAGCUUUCUCGAAGAACAGGACAGCUCUGUGGUGGAGGCACUGCCACCUCCGAGGGUGUUACAGGAUGAAAAGCCCUCCAUUUCUCCUUACACCCACGAGCCCUCCACACCAUACAAACCCACCCACACCCCGUCUUCAUCCCUGGGCUCAAGGCGUUUUUCCUUUGAGGAAUCGGGCAGUGGAGAGCCUAGUGGGGACGACGACAUGGAGGGUAGCGGCGUGGAGGCGAGCGGAGAUGAGCCACUUGGUACAACAGUAGCAACAACUACUCUUCCCACAGCCGAGGAAAGGUCUUCCUGUGACAACACUGCUUUUGGCUGCUGUCCUGAUGGGAAAACAGCCGCCAUUAACUCAGAGGGCACUAACUGCCCAUCCACCAUGCGUUUCAGUGGCUUCCUGCAUCUGGACAAGGUAGAGGGUCAGGAGGUCUUCUACACACCCGAGAUGGAGGACCCCAAGUCAGAGCUGUUUGGCGAGACGGCCAGGAGCAUCGAGAGCGCUCUGAACGAGCUGUUCCGUAAGUCUGACGUGCAGAAAGAUUUCCAAAGUGUCCGGGUGAAGAAUCUGGCCCCCAGCAACUCCAUAAUAGCCUUCGUAGAGGCCCACUUUGGUCCAGAUACAAGAUUCAGUGUGGAAGAUAUUGAGGGCUCUCUUCUUAAACAGCUCAAGGUGUCUAAAGACACUGGGAUCGUCGUGAAGAAACCAGAGGAAGAGAACAUUCGCAUCACCAACUAUGGUCUUUCGGUCGUUCCAUUCUUCACCACCACAACGACCACCACUGUUGCAUCUGUCACAACUCCAGCUGCCACAACGUUGCCCCCCACUUCUGCCUUCACCACGCUCCGGCCCACCACCAGACGACACUUCUUCACCCGCAGGACCACCACAGCUGCACCGGCCACCACUACUCCUUCUCAUCCCCCCACCUCAACAUUCUCUAUGAGGACCAGGCCAGUGGUACACGCGACCAGACCCUGUGACUCUCAGCCUUGCCGUCAUGGUGGUACCUGCCAGGAGGAGGGCAAUGACUUCACCUGCAUCUGUCCUGCUGGGAGAGGAGGAACUGUUUGCGAGAACGUUGUAACGUAUUUCACACCAUCCUUUGGUGGCAAGUCUUACCUGGCGUUCCAAACCAUGAAGGCAUACCAUACUGUCCGUAUUGCCAUGGAUUUCAGGGCAUCAGAGAUGACAGGAAUUUUGCUCUACAAUGGGCAGAAUGGCAAAAAGGACUUCCUGUCUCUGGCACUGGUUGACGGAAAGGUGGAGCUGAGGUUUAACACAGGUUCUGGGACAGCUUCAAUUGUCAGCACAGUCCCUGUACAAGCUGGUCACUGGCAUCAACUAGUGGUGGUCCGAAACAGACGUAAUGCCAUGCUCAGUGUGGAUACUGAGACGAAUGUCGAAGGACAGAGUCCCCCGGGUACAGACGGACUCAACCUGGACACGGACCUUUUUAUUGGAGGAGUGCCUGAAGAUAUGAUGUUAGAUGUAAAGGAAAGGACGUCCGUCACCACAGGCCUGGUUGGAUGCGUGCGCACGCUAGACGUCAACAACGAUUCCUAUAACCUUCAGGAGAACAAAGACCACGUUCUGUACGGCUCAGGUGUCGGCGAGUGUGGCAACAAUCCAUGUUUGCCGAACCACUGCAAGAACGGAGCCUCAUGUCAGGUCAAAGAAGCUGAGAUGUUCCACUGCAUAUGUCUCAGUGGAUUCUCCGGUCCAACCUGUGCUGAUGCACACAACCCUUGCGACCCAAAUAAAUGUCAUCCGUCGUCACGGUGCCAGGUCCUUCCUGAAGGAGGCUACAAAUGUGAAUGUCCAAUGGGCCGUGAAGGAAAGCAUUGUGAAAAAGUAUCAGACAAAGUUGGAGCUUUCAUUCCUUACUUUACCGGUGAGUCGUUCUUGGAGCUCAAGGGUCUUCAUCUUUAUGGCCAGGAUCUGAGACAAAAAUUCAGCAUGACUGUUGUCCUGCUGGCCAAUGACUCCAAAGGCAUGAUCUUUUACAACGGUCAGAAGACGGAUGGCAAAGGAGAUUUCAUCUCUCUGUCUCUGAAUGACGGUAUCCUUGAGUUCAGAUACGACCUGGGCAAAGGACCAGCUGUCAUCAGAAGUAAAGAGAAAAUCAAGCUGAACGAGUGGAACACGGUGAAUCUGGAGCGGGCCAGCCGUAAGGGAGAGAUCACCAUUAAUGGCAAAGACCCGGUCAAAGGAGAAUCGCCGAAAUCACGCAAGGGCCAGCACACAGAUCUCAACCUGAAGGAGUCUCUCUUCGUGGGCGGAGCUCCUGAUUUCCGCAAAGUAGCCAGAGGGUCUGCUAUUAAAGAUGGCUUCAAGGGGGCCAUUCAGAAGAUAACUCUGAUGGGUAUUCCAGUCCUGAAAGGUGAUAAUGCCCUUCAGUCCAGUGAUGUGUCCAUGUAUCCCUACCAUCCCUGCUCCAAAGAUGUUUGUAAGAAUGGAGGUCGCUGCAAUCCCUUGUUGGAGAGCUACGAGUGCGUGUGUCUGCAUGGGUUUGCUGGGGCACAUUGUCAAGAAGCAAUAUACGAGAAAUCUGCCGGGGACACAGAGGCCAUUGCUUUCGAUGGCCAUACAUUCAUCGAAUAUCACAACGGGGUCACCAAGAGCCAACUGACCAAUGAGAUCCCAGACCCUGAGUCACUGGAGAACCCAUCUGACCAGAGUGAGAAGGCCCUGCUGGUGAAUAAAUUUGAGCUGAGCAUUAAGACCGACGCUACCCACGGUUUGAUAUUGUGGAGCGGGAAGGGAGUGGAGCGUUCCGACUACAUCGCUCUCGCCAUCGUGGACGGACGGGUCCAGAUGACCUACGACCUUGGCUCAAAGCCUGUGGUGCUACGCUCCUCUGUGCGGGUCAACACAAACCACUGGAUACGAAUUAAGGCCAGCAGAGCGCUCAGAGAUGGCUCUCUGCAGGUUGGUAAUGAGGCAGCUGUCACCGGGUCAUCACCCCUGGCCGCCACACAGCUGGACACAGACGGCGCACUCUGGUUGGGUGGUCUGGAGGAGCUCACUGUUGCUCGCCGGUUGCCCAAGGCUUACAGCACGGGUUUUGUUGGAUGUGUUAGAGAUGUGAUAGUUGACGGGGUGGAACUGCAUCUGGUGGAGGACGCCUUAAACAGUCCCAAAAUAUUACACUGUUCUGCCAAAUAGUGCAGCUUCCCCUCUUUCUUUCCAACACCAUGUCUACUGCUGUAAUUAUUUUUCUAUUUUUUGUAUACUUUUCUUUGAUUUUAUAUUUGAAAAAUUACAUUGUUUUAAUUAUUUUUUUUUCUUUUCAUCUUUGCAUCCACACUUAAUCACAUCCUCAGUUGCAGGUGAACAUGGUGUCACAAGACAUGCAAAAUGCGUAUUAUUUCUGUGCCGUUUCGACGACAAACAAAACAACAUUGACUUGCUCAUUACUUGAACUGUGGCAGAUGAGGUCGGUGCUGUCUGGAUUGCCUUUCGGUGCCAUAACUCCCUCGACAUCCGGCAAUCAUCAUACAUUCCUCUGAGCCGUUGCUGCGGCCCAUUACUACGCGUAAAGAUCUAAAAAAUGACUUUCUGCUUCAUCGAGAUACGACGGCAUCCGUGAAAUAAGCUGAGCAAGUCUAUGUACGAUAUUCCUCAUUUAUGAAACCACUAACAGGGGUGAACGCUCAGUGAUUCAGAGCCUCCCUAGAUGAUAGUAGCUGACAUAAUAUUUAGCAUUCCUCAGAAUUCAGAAUUAUUUUCCUUGCAAAUGUCACUAUCGAUCUGUGAGAUGUAAUAAAUAGUAAAGAAAAACAUGAGACUGUGAAUUUUGAAGAUGCUAUUUUUUCGUUGCAAUGGUUUGUCUCAUGUGCUGUGUAUAUCUAAAGAGCAUUUACAUAUAUAUACUAUAUGACCACUUGUUGCAUGCAUCUUUUUAAGUGUUGAGUUGAUUUUCUCUUGGUUUUUUCAAUCUCCAUCAUUCCAUUCAGGGCAGAAAUGUAGCUAACCAGGAUGACUACAUUGCAAUGUAAAUUACCUGUAUUUCUUCUGUUUCGAAAUUCAUUCAAGUUGGGAGACAUGUUGAAUUUUUAUAAUAUAUUUGCUCAGAAUUGUCAAUCUAGACUUCUUGUGUACGACGGGAAAAAAUCAGUUGUUACAUCAACUCAACAUCGGGAGGCGCUGUAACACUGGAAGAGAUGAGAGAGACUCAAAGGACACAUCAGGUGGACGCAAACGCAUUGAAAUUCAUGGCAUGUUCAGUCAUCGAACAAAAAUUACGUGUGCACCGCAUUGUUUUCUAUCUUGUAUCAAAAGAAAAUGUUGCUUUUCAAUGCUGCCAGCACUUGCUACAAAGGGAUGGCGUAUGUUGUAGACCCCUUGCAUCCUAUGACUGUGGCCCCCAAAACAGCUGUUCGUGUCCCAGAAGUAACCAGUGAAAAUAGUAAUGCAUGGGUUUGUCAUGUCAAAAAUGGUUUUGUAACCUGUUCAAAGGCAAUGACGCAAUGCUAUGGUUUCUACUGCUCUCUCAGUGUAAGAAAUAUUAAGAGUUUGAUACCAGAUGCUUUGCAGUAUUCAAAAAAAUGGUAUAAAACAUCACAGUUUCUUUUUGUAAUUUUCUUUCUUUUGGGCUUUUUUCCCUCAGCAAAUUCAUUUUGUGUACAUUGUGUCCUAAGUUACUGAGGUUGUAGUAUUAUACACUGGAACCAAGUCUGACGUGUCUAUAAACAAAGCAUAUCCUGAUGUCGCAUAUAUGAGUGGUGGUAUCUGGGAAUCACUGAUGAUGUUUGUGUCUAGGGUUCAAACAGAAUUCACAGGAUGCCUAGUGUUAUGGACUAAGACCGGGAGCCCUUGCUUACUGCACGAGCUAUGGAUCAUCCACUCUUUUUGUGCCCUCAUCCCACUUAGAAGGACUCAAACUUUGUCUAUUUUCUAAUAAUGGAAGUUUUUUUUUGACAUCAUCCAGUAGCUUUGGUCCUGUACACUUGGAGUGCUCUUAAGGGACGAGGCCCAACGCCAUGAAGAUCUGCUGUGUGACUGGAAACUGAGAAAUGCCUUAAAAUCAUUCACCGUUCAUGAGUGACAAAAGUUUAUGUCCAAAUUGUUCUGUGCUCUCACUUUAGCCGAUAUAUUAGUCUCAAUACAUUUUCAUAAUGUAAAUGAAUUCAUAAAUGUUAAUAAUUAUAUUAAUAAUGCUUAUAAAAAUGUCCAGAAAGCCUCGAUAAUAGUGGUUCUGGACUCUACAAAAUACUAUUUACUGUACAAAUACUAUUUUCAGGAUCUUAUUUAUGUCUUAAGAGGAUUCCCAGGUUGGCAUUUGUAAACUACUGUUUUCAUUGAAUUCUACUUAAUGGGCAGUGCACAGAAUGAGAGGCAUGACAUUACCACUACUAACUUUAUUACCUGUGUCUUGUGUUCCAACCACCAUAAAAUAAAACGUCAAACAAAC